UCAUGUUUAGAAGGCGGUGCUUGUACUUAUUUUGUGAACGGUCAGGAAACUGAUCGAAAGGCGAAAAGAAGGCAACAAUGACUGCAAGUUUUCGUGAUUGCCAGGCGUGGAAAGCUGAGGGUUUGCCGCUGUCCACCAGCAGCAAUGAGGCCUGCAAAAUGUAUGAUGCUAUUAUUAAUCAGUACGUCAAGUGGCGCAAUGAUCCCACCCUGGGAGGCAUUGAGGGAUGCAUCACCGCCGUUCAAGCUGCUGACCCAAAUUUUGUCAUGGGCCAUGUAAUCGGCACGGGUCUGGAGUUGGUGGGCACGGCGACGUCAGUGGAGCGAAACGAGCGUCUGGCCAGUGCAGUGAGGCGCACCGUGGAGAUGGCCAAGAGCCAGGACAUCACCCCUCGGGAGAGGCAGCACGUCCGAGCCAUGGAGCUCUUCUCCAGGGGAGCUCUGUCCAAAGCCUGCGAUGUGUGGGAGGAGAUUCUGGUGGAUCACCCCACGGACAUGCUGGCUCUCAAGUUUGCCCACGACGGCUUCUUCUACCUGGGCUACCAGACGCAGAUGAGGGACUCAGUGGCCAGAGUACUGCCCUACUACAAACCACACACGCCACUCUCCAGCUACCUGAAGGGCCUCUACUCUUUUGGGCUUCUGGAGACUCACUUUUACGACCAGGCUGAGAAGGUGGCAAAGGAAGGGCUCUCCCUGGCUCCGGAUGAUGCCUGGUGCGUGCACUCGGUGGCCCAUGUUCAUGAGAUGAAGGCCGAGGUGGACAAGGGACUGAAGUUCAUGCAGGACACCGAGAAGGACUGGGAGGGCUGUGAUAUGUUGGCCUGUCAUAAUUACUGGCAUUGGGCGCUUUAUUUCAUCGAAAAGGGGGACUACGAGGCGGCCUUGAGGAUCUACGACAGCCAGAUCUCCCGUCGGUGUGGGGCCUCAGGUGCCAUGUUGGACACCGUAGACGCCUGCUCUCUUCUUUACAGGCUGGAGAUGGAAGGUGUGAGUGUGAAGGAUCGCUGGCGGGAGAUGCUGCAGGUUAUCGAGCCUCACUGUGAAGACCAUACACUCCUUUUCAACGACCUGCACUUCCUCAUGGUGACGCUAGGGGGCACUAGCUCGGACUGCACACAGCGUCUGCUGGACAGCCUGAGGGAGCGAGCACGAGACCCAGAGGAGCACCACCAGUACCAGCUGGCAGGGGGCCUGGGGCUGCCCAUGUGCCAGGCGCUUGUGGAGUACGACCAGGGCAACUAUGGCCGAGUGGUGGAGCUCCUCCAGCCCCUGCGAUACCGCUUCAAUGAUAUAGGGGGCAGCGACGCACAGAGAGAUGUGUUCACUCAGCUUCUCAUUCAUGCCGCCAUCAAGUCUGAGGACAAACACCAUCAGAAGUAUGCAAGGUCUCUACUGGUGGAGCGAAAUGCGCUGAGACCCGGGUCCCUCCUGACCGACCGAAUGAUGCAGAAGUUUGCUGCUUUGCAUGUUUAAUGAGUGACGAUAAGGGGUGCGUUCCAAUAUGCAACCUUGCGUCCCCCACUUGUGCUUAUGGCCUCGUACCAGGAAGUAAUACUGCAUCACUGACAACAGCAUUAUAUUUCAAUAUCUCGCAAAAGCUCAGUUGUAAAGUAAUUUUCUCAUUUACAAACUAGAUGAUGAAUGAAGAAUAGUCCCCCCCAAAAUUGUUUUGGCUAGGCUGACCGCGGGGAAACUUAAUUGCCACAAGCACAAGUGGAGGACGCAAGGUUGCAUAUUGGAACGCACCCAUGGUCUUGAUGGUCUUAGCUCUGUCAGCUGUGUGUAGCUGAAUUAAAUGAUAAAUGUCCGCAACACUG